AUCCCAGUGAAGAAACAGUGAGAAGACUUGCCGACAGACAUCGAGGCUCGGAACAGAAGGCACACAUCAAUUUCAUAUUUUUAUAUAUAGUUUUGCUAAGUAGUGUAACUGCUCGUUGACCUCACGUAUUAGCAGUCUCGUCGCAUGCAGGGACGUCGACAGAUAGAUACGGAGAGAAUAAUAUACCGCUUGCGCACUGAAGCGGCGGGUCGAUGCUAUCCCGGAGAAAGAAGACGCAUAGCAUGAGAAACAGUCGAACGACAGAAAUCCGCUUUAGAGCAAUUAAUCUACCGGAGAGACCGUCUGAGACAAACCUAAUUGGUUUCGCGACAUACGAGAGGUCUCCAGGCGCGACUAACCACAAAACAAGGUGACGCAUGCGCCGUACGACGACAGACGCGACGCGCGUGAGGCAAGAAGAAGAGAUACAGAGAUAUGCACAUCUAGACUACAAGCGACGUGUCUAUGUGACACGCGAACUUGAUCGUAUCGCGGUAGAAAAACAGCGUAAAGCGGCUUAGCAGCACGUAGAUUUCACGCCCCGUAUACGCCUGACCGACUGCUCCGUCCCACCCCCGCGCGCACGACCCGCGCUACAACCUUGCUCCGUAGGCAUGACCAGCUACUAUUUCCCAAACGAGUUCCGUGACUCCCACAUGAGGCCAGACGCGGGGUCAACGGCUAAGACGGGCGGACUAGGUAAGUUCACUCUCUCAAAGAGCGGCAGUCAGCUGAGCCGAGGCAGCAGCAGCGCUACGACUAGUCGCUCGGACGCACUGCUAGCUCAUGGUAAGCGACACCCUGCCGUGCACGGUCCGUGGAUGGCCACCACGCUCGCGCACGCCGGUAACCCACGAUCGCCUGAUCCCUACCGCUACCCACCACGCGGCGAACCAACCUACAUGGCGCACCCACCCACCAGCGGACGCUCGCUGGCGCGCGGUCGCUACACGAGGAUGCAUGCUGCGUCUGGCGACACGUUUCUAGCGAUUCCGCGCGUGGACGACGCACCGGUGUACCGAAACGUACCGGUAGUUAGCGAGAAAUGUCGCUGCGACCCUUGUCUCCUGCACGGACUCAACUGUAAGCACGUGAAGGGUGUCCUGCCCGUGGUCAGCGACCCGUACGACCCAAGCCCCAUGCCGCAGAAGUUUGUAGAUGCGAAGCGCACGAUGGUGGUGGACAUGCGAGCGUACGAGGCGGGCAAAGAGGAGGAAUAUCGCCAGUGCGCCUCCCGCUGUAGCCGCAUGUUCAUAACGAUGUGGGUUAUCAUCGGUGUCGUUAUUCUAGGCCUGAUCGUAGGCAUUGUAAUAUGGGUUUCUUUAUGAACCAGUGAAUGAACGCCGUGUAAUAAAGGGGGGAGUAAUCAACCAAUUCGCUGCUAUUUAUCUCUUGCUUCGGUUAUACACCCCUUUGAAAUACGAGUUUUCGUGGCGCUCCCAGUUCUGCAAACCGCACACGCUUAUUUUCUUUCCUGCGUAAUUUGACUUCCUGGUCACACACACACACACACUGCUACUGCUUGUUCUUAUUCAGUGACCCUUAAACAGAGGUGCUCCUUGAUUCGGCCAGCGAACAAAAUAGCAUGUUGUGUUUUGAUUUUAGCAUGUAGUUUGUUUGACAACUGAGUAUGGUUGUUGGACGAAUGACUACGUGUAUGCACGCACGCACGCGGCCACGUGCACUGGAUAUGGCAGGAUCGGGAAAUGCACAAUUAUGUAUCGACCAGGACCGGGGCUCCAAGUACAUGGAAUAUUAUUCUCAUAUAUGUUACGUUAGGUUUGCGUUACUAUUCAAAAUAGGCUGAAUUAUAAUUCAAAACCAAAUGCCUCCUCUCUAAAUUAUAUGAUACCUGCUGUAUAUCAAGCUUUCAUUAUUUAAUGCGACCUGUUGUUUAUUCAAGUUUUUCCCCUAGCUACACAUUGAUUGCAUACAUACGCUAGUUAGUGAUUCUGUGAAAGUAUCUCUAUAAAAUUGACAAAAUUGUGUUUGUACUUUUAUCACAUUUUUAAUGCAUUACAUGACAGUAAUAAAUAAAUACAAUUUA